CACCUGACUGGGAUCUGUGCGCAUCAUCCGAAAAUACAUCACACAGUCCUAGACACUUGGGAAGUGUUCGACUUGUGGUUUUGUGACACGAAAUCCAGCAUAUCUAUCUUGUUUGCUGUGUCAUAAUAAUAAUAAUAAUAAUAAUAAUAAUAAUAAUAAUAAUAAUAAUAAUAAUAAUAAUAAUAAUACAGUACUUUAUUUGUAUUCCGCCCUAUCUCCCCAAGGUUGUUCAGGUCAGAUUCCAGCAUACACAAACACAAAGGCAAACAUUCAAUGCCUAGAAACAACAAAACAUAGAUAAAGUAAAGGCUUCCCCUUCUGGCUGUAAGGGUUGGUGCUCAUCUCCAUUUCCAAGCCGAAGAAGAGCCAGCGUUGUCUGUAGACACCUCCAUGACCAAUGGAUUGCCAUUUGCCUUCCCGCCAGAGUGGUACCUAUUGAUCUACUCACAUUUGCAUGCUUUCAAACUGCUAGGUUGGCAGAAGCUUGGGCCAACAGCGGGAGCUCACCCCAUCCUGCGGAUUUAAACCUCCACCUUCUGGUCAGCAAGUUCAGCAGCUCAACCCAUUGUGCCAGCUCCUCCUCUCCUUUUGCUGCCUCACCUCAUCGCACUAGAGUUUGAAUCCACUUUAAAUCCACUUUAGGGAGGAGCUAAAGGUCCUGGGCCUCACCAAACUACAAACCCCAGAAUUCUGCGGGAAACAGAAACCAGAUAUAAACUGGCUCCACGCUCUGGUGUGAUGAGACAGUCCCAGUUUUAUUGAUGUUUAUGCUAAAAUGGGAAAAGGUCUCAGGCCAUUAAGCCAGACACAACACACAUUCCUUUGAAAAAGUUUAACCUUUCGUUAGCAUCGCAUUAGCGGAGUCAAAACACAAGGGAACGAGUAGAGCGAGGAAUAAAAAUUAGAAGAACUCGCCUUUAAAAAAGAAAAACAGGCCGUGUUAAGCUUAUCAAAGUAGCCGUUCAUCAAGCAGGCACGUACACAUAAUGAAUUCAGUACACCGAGUAAAAAAAAAAACCACGCCACAUUGACUAGUUGAUAUAAUAAAAAACGGUUUACUCACGAAAGCGUGUGCAAAAGCAUCUCACAGGGAGAGGUAACUUGGUUGCAGUAUAUCAAAGGUAUAAUCCAAAAGGAUAGAGAAUAAAAGAUGGAUUCCUUCGCUUUUUUUAAGGAGCCCCUAGUGGCACAGCGGGUUAAACCACUGAGCUGCUGAACUUGCUGAAUGAAAGGUCAGUGGUUUGAAUCUGGGGGCCGGGGUGAGCUCCCGCUGUUAGCCCCAGCUUCUGCCUACCUAGCAGUUUGAAAACAUGCCAAUGUGAGUAGAUCAAUAGGUACCGCUCCAGCAGGAAGGUAACGGCGCUCCAUGUAGUCAUGCCAGCCACAUGACCUUGGAGGUGUCUACGGACAAUGCCGGCUCUUUGUCUUAGAAAGAUAGAUGAGCACCAAUCCCCAGAGCCGGACACGACUGGACUUUUACCUUCCUCAGCUUCCACAUCGGCCCAAGAAGCAGCCCAUGCUCCAUGCCCUUGAAGGAAAGCCGAACAACGGUACUACAUAAGGAACAACUGGGACUGGACUGGAUGGGACUGGGGAACCAAGGAGGAGACCCCUGUUUUAUAACUUCUUAAUUUCAAAGGCAUUGCCUACGUGAACACAACUACCUUUCUAGAAGAUACACAAAGAUCCCUGUUGGUUCUCUGGACCUCGCAGCAGCAGCCUUUGAUACCACAGACCAUGGUAUCCUUCUCGGACGUUGCACAGGAAUGAGUCUUGGAGGUACAGUAGAGUCUCACUUAUCCAACAUAAACAGGCCGGCAGAACGUUGGAUAAGUGAGUGUUGGAUAAGUGAGACUCUACUGUACUGUUUUACAGUAAUUCUGGUCCUUCCUGAAGGUGUUGCUGGAGGACACCUCCUUGGCCACGCAGCCGUUGUCUUGAAGGGUCCCGCAGGGCUCAGUAUUGUUCCCCAUGUGGUUGAACAUCUACAUGAAGCCACUGGGAGAGAUCAUCCAGAGAUUUGGAGUUCGAUGUCAUCUGUACACAGAUGAUGUUCAAUUCUCUCACUCGUUUCCACCUACUGCUAAGGAGGCCGUUCAGGUCCUGAACCGGUGCUUGGCCUCUGUGACGGUCUGGAUGAGGGCGAACGAAUUGAAACUGAAUCCAGACAAGACAGAUGUCCUCCUGGUCAGUUGCAAGGCUGAACAGGGCAUAGAGUUACAGCCUGUGCUGGACGGGUUUGCACUACCCUUGAAGACACAAGUUCACAGCUUGGGAGUCCUCCUGGUCUCAUUGCUGAGCCUGGAACCUCAGGUUUCAGCGGUAGCCAGAGGAGCUUUUGCACAAUUAAAACUUGUGCGCCAGUUGCGUCGGUACCUUGGGAAGCCUGACUUGAUCACGGUAGUCCACACUCUGGUUGCAUCAUGAAUAAACUACUGCAAUGCUCUCUACGUGGGGCUGCCUUUGAAGACUGUUCAGAAACUUCAAAUAGUCCAGCGGGCCCCAGUUAGUUUCUUCAUGGGAGUGACAUACAGAGAGCAUACAACCCCCCUGUUAUGCCAGCUCCACUGGCUGCAAGCCUGUUGCCAAGCACAAUUCAAUGUUUAGCCUAUAAAGUCCUAAACAGUUCUGGCCCAGUUUACCUGUCCAAACGUAUCUCCCUCAAUGAACCAUCUUGGAAAUUAAGAUCAUCCGGGGAGGCUCUGCUCUCAGUCCCACCUCCUUUACAGGCACGACUGGUGGGGAUGAGAGACAGGGCCUUCUCGGUGGUGGCCCCUCGAUUUUAGAACUCCUUCCCCAGUGAGAUCUUUUCUGCCUCCUCUCUCCUGACCUUCAGGAAAAAACUUAAGACAUGCCUUUGGGACCAAGCUUUUGACAAGUAACUGGAGCAGUGCAAUUUGUAACUACGAAACAAUGUGAUUGACAAAUGGAACGGCCCUGGACUAUGAUUUGGAUGGCAUGGUUUUAAUUGAUGUUUUAAAUGAUUCAUGUUCUAAUUAUAGGUUUUUAACUGUAAUUGCAUAUUUGAUAUACGUGUGUAUGGCAUCAAAUUGCUGCCUGUUGUAAGGCUGCCUUGAGUCCAAUUCGGGGUUGAGGAAGGUGCGAUAUAAAUGUGGAAAAUAAAUGUAUUAAGUGUUAAUUGGAGGGAAUCAAAACUGACAAGAAGGAAGAGAGCAAAGACAUACAGACAAACCAGUGAGGGCGCAUGUGUGAGUGUGCGUUCUCCAACAUGUUUCCCUUCCACCUCUUGCAGGGAUCAUCCGGACGGCGGUGGCCAACCUGGACCGGGAGACCCAGGACCGCUACGAGGUGGUGGUCCGUGCCACGGACAUGGCCGGGCAGAUGGGGGGCCUCUCGGGCUCCACCACCGUCACCAUCGUUAUCACCGACGUCAACGACAACCCCCCACGGUUCCCACAGAAGAUGUACCAGUUCAGCGUGGUGGAGACGGCCCCUGUGGGCACGCUCAUCGGCCGGGUGAAGGCCGAGGACUCGGACGUGGGAGAGAACACGGACAUGACCUACCAGAUCAAGGACGAGGAGGGGCUGGGCACCUUCCGGGUGGCCACCGACAGCGACACGCAGGAGGCCCUCAUCUCGGUGCAGAAGCCGCUGAACUUUGAGGCGCAGGAGGUGCACACGGUGGUGGUGGAGGCCCUGAACAAGUUUGGGGACCCCCGCUUUGUGGACCUGGGCACCUUCCGGGACCAGGCCAUCGUGAGGGUCACUGUGCUGGACGUGGACGAGCCCCCCGAGUUCCGGCCCCCCGACGGCCUGAUGGAGGUGCAGGAGGACACCCUGGUGGGGGCCCUGGUGGGCGUGGUCACCGCCCUGGACCCUGACGCUGCACGGAACCCCGUCAGGUAUGCCAUUGACCGCACCACCGACCUGGAGCAGAUCUUCGACAUCGACCCCGAAACGGGUGCCAUUGUGACCAGCAAGCUGCUGGACCGGGAGACGGCUGGCUGGCACAACAUCACCAUCCUGGCCAUGGAGGCUGACAGCCAUGGGCAGGUGUCCCGGGCGCCCCUCCGCAUCCGCAUCCUGGACGUCAACGACAACCCUCCGGAGCUGGCCACCCCCUUCGAGGCUGCCGUCUGCGAGGAUGCCAAGCCCGGGCAGCUGAUCCAGACCAUCAGUGUGGUGGACCGGGACGAGCCCCAGGGCGGCCAUCACUUCUACUUCACUUUGGCCCCGGAGGCUUCGGGUGAACCCCACUUCUCGCUGCUGGACGUCCAAGACAACACGGCCGCGGUGCACACCCAGCGCCCCGGGUUCAACCGCCAGGAGCAGGACCUCUUCCUGCUGCCCAUCCUGGUGGUGGACAGCGGCCCCCCCGCCCUCAGCAGCACCGGCACCCUCACCAUCCGGGUCUGCGGCUGCGACAGCGCCGGCGCCAUCCAGUCCUGCAACGCCACCGCCUUCGCCGCCGCCUCCUCGCUCAGCCCCGGGGCCCUCAUCGCCCUCCUGGUCUGCGUCCUCAUCCUCAUCGUGCUGGUGCUGCUGAUCCUGACCCUGAAGCGCCACCAGAAGGGCCACUUGGCCUCAGAGGAGGACGAGGACAUGCGCGACAACGUCAUCAAGUACAACGACGAGGGUGGCGGGGAGCAGGACACAGAGGCCUACGACAUGUCUGCGUUGCGCAGCCUCUAUGAUUUUGGGGGGGAGGCCAAGAGUGGUGGGGGUGGGGAGGGGGGUGGCAUUGGGCCCCCCCUCCCCUCAGAACUGUUGCCCCUCCCACAGGGGGCCCCCCCAUUGCCGGCCACCCCCGACCUGGACUUCUCCCUCUUCCGGGACUACAUCAGCCGCAAGGUGGGCCAGGCGGACCAGGACCCCUCGGUGCCCCCCUAUGACUCCUUCCAGACCUACGCCUUCGAGGGGGAGGGCUCCCCGCCCGAGUCGGCCCUCAGCUCCAUCACCUCGCACUCCUCUGGCUCCGAGGAGCAGGACUUCUCCUUCCUGGGCUCCUGGGGGCCCCGCUUCCGGCAGCUGGCCGCGCUCUACGCCGGGAGCCAGUGCCGAGACAAGGACCACAGUCAGAGCAGUGGCAGCAGCAGCGGCGGGCAGCCCUAGGCCCCGGACACAGAGCCAAAUGCCCGGCCCAGCCGCCUACCAGACAAGGGGCCAAAGCAGAGGGGCACUGGGGCUCCCGCGGGGCCACCGACCGCGCAGGCGCACCACGGUCCGGCCACCUUGGUCCAGGCUGCAUUGGAUGCAAAGGGAAGUGGGAAAGGCCCCGGAGGGAGGCCUGGAAAACGGAAGGAAGGAAGGAAGGGGUGCAGCCGAAGAGAAAGCAGAAGAGGAAUGAGGAGAAGGAGCGCUUCUGUCGGAGAGAGAGACUGAUGGGUGCCGGCCAGGGCUGCAGAUUAUCAUUUAAAUGGACUUGGGGAGUCUGACUGCCCAGGAGGAGAGGGAGGCAGGCAGGCAGAGAGCGCUUUGUUGCCCAAAUUGGUUCUGUCACUGGAUUCCCUGCUUUGGACACGUUCCCAGCGGCUGCUGCACAGCGGCUGCCAAGAGCCCUCGCUACCUCUGUCCAAUGCCCACAAACCUUCUUCGCUGGGGUCUCCUGCUUGAGAGGCCCUCCCAAUUGUCGUCUCUGUCUGGGGAAGGGGUGGUGGAGGGUCUGGGGGUCCGUUGUGUCCAGGGAGGGGGGUGGAGAGGGGAUUCCCUCUGGCAUUUGGGAGAAAAGCCUUCCCUUGUUACCCAUUGGUAGGGAAUCUGAGCGGCCGGUGUUGGGGAAUCCGAACGGUUAGGCUCAAAAAAUAACCCUUAAUUGGGGUGAUCCCACUAUACAUAUAGCAGAGUUGCGCAGCAGAAACGUGCUGGGCCCAUAACCCUUCAUUGGGCAACUUGAGCUGUUAGGCUCAAAAAACAACCCUUAGUUGGAGUGAUUCCACCAUACAUAUAGCAGAGUUGUGCAGCAGAAACGUACUGGGCCCAUAACCCUUUGUUGGGGGACUUGAGCUGUUGGGCUCAAAAAAUAAUCUUCAAUUGGGGUGAUUCCACCAUAAAUAUAACAGAGUUGUGGAAUAGAAGUGUACUGGACCCAUAACCCAUUGUUGGCGGACCUGAGCUGUUAGGCUCAAAAAAUAACCCUCAGUUGGGGUGAUUCCAGCUUAAACAUAGCAGAGUUGUGGAGUAGACGUGUACUGGGCCCAUAACCCUUUGUUGGGGAACCUGAGCUGUUAGGCUCAAAAAAUCACCCUCAGUUGGGGUGAUUCCACCAUAAAUAUAGCAUAGUUCUGGAGUAGAAGUGUACUGGGCCCAUAACCCAUUGUUGGGGAACCUGAGCUGUUAGGCUCAAAAAAUAGCCCUUAGUUGGGGUGAUUGUACCAUAAAUAUGGCAGAGUUUCAAAGUAGAAGUGCAUUGGGCCCAUAACCCAUUGUUGGGGAACCUGAGCUGUUAGGCUCAAAAAAUCACCCUCAGUUGAGGUGAUUCCACCCUAAAUAUAGUAGAGUAGAAGUGUACUGGACCCAUAACCCAGUGUUGGGGAACCUGAGCUGUUAGGCUCAAAAAAAUAAUCCUCAGUUGUGGUGAUUCCACCAUAAAUAUAGCAGAGUUGCACAGCAAUAGCGUGCUGGGCCCAUAACCCUCUUCAGGUCCCUUCCUUUCCCCCUCAGUCGCUUAAGCGGCUGAGGGGGAAAAGGAAAGGGCCUGAGGCUGUUAGGAAUGGUGGGAGUUGAAGUCCAAAACACCUGGAGCCACAAUUGCUGCUGGCUGAAGUACCUAGCCUUGCCUUCAAAACAAACACUCAUACAGCUUUCUGCCCCUUCUAGGACUAUAUGAGGACUAUAAACUUGAGGCUGUUAGGAAUGGUGGGAGUUGAAGUCCAAAACACCUGGAGGGCGGAAGCUUGCCCAUGCCUGGAGGAGGAGAGACAAAGCCCUUUUUUGGGCUCAAAAUAACCCUCAGUUGGGGCAGUCCCACCCAAAUAUAGCAGAAUACUAGGAGUAAAUUCCUUAACCAGCAGAAACUUACGUGCGAUGCAAAGGGAUAAACACACACAGGGAUGUGGGGAAAGGAAUCCCUCAACUUGGUCCCUGUCUCUAGCCUAGCUACUCAUUGAGGACUGGAAACUUGAGGACACAAGACACAGGAGCAGUUCAGGGAUGAAACCCAAUAGGGUCUUCUCACCCAGCUAGCAUUCUGCUCCUUUCUUGUAGCAAAGGGCACGGUCUGGUCCGGCCUUCCAGCAAAUGCCCCUCUGGCCUUGCAGAGGGGCAUUAAGUGGCUGAGGGGGUAAAGGAAGGGGCCUGAGGAGGGUUAUGGGCCCAGCACGCUUUUGCUUCACAACUCUGCUAUAUUUAUGGUGGAAUCACCCUAACUGAGGGUUAUUUUUUUGAGCCUAACAGCUCAGGUUCCCCAACAAUGGGUUAUGGGCCCAGUACACUUCUACUUCGUAACUCUGCUAUAUUUAUGGUGGAAUCACCCCAACGGAGGGUUAUUUUUUGAGCCUAACAGCUCAGGUUCCCCAACAAUGGGUUAUGGGCCCAGUACACUUCUACUUCGUAACUCUGCUAUAUUUAUGGUGGAAUCACCCCAAGGGAGGGUUAUUUUUUGAGCCUAACAGCUCAGGUUCCCCAACAAUGGGUUAUGGGCCCAGUACACUUCUACUUCGUAACUCUGCUAUAUUUAUGGUGGAAUCACCCCAAGGGAGGGUUAUUUUUUGAGCCUAACAGCUCAGGUUCCCCAACAAUGGGUUAUGGGCCCAGUACACUUCUACUUCGUAACUCUGCUAUAUUUAUGGUGGAAUCACCCCAAGGGAGGGUUAUUUUUUUGAGCCUAACAGCUCAGGUUCCCCAACAAUGGGUUAUGGGCCCAGUACACUUCUACUUCGUAACUCUGCUAUAUUUAUGGUGGAAUCACCCCAACGGAGGGUUAUUUUUUGAGCCUAACAGCCCAGGUUCCCCAACAAUGGCUUAUGGGCCCAGUACACUUCUACUUCGUAACUCUGCUAUAUUUAUGGUGGAAUCACCCCAACGGAGGGUUAUUUUUUGAGCCUAACAGCUCAGGUUCCCCAACAAUGGGUUAUGGGCCCAGUACACUUCUACUUCGUAACUCUGCUAUAUUUAUGGUGGAAUCACCCCAACGGAGGGUUAUUUUUUGAGCCUAACAGCCCAGGUUCCCCAACAAUGGGUUAUGGGCCCAGUACACUUCUACUUCGUAAUUCUGCUAUAUUUAUGGUGGAAUCACCCCAAGGGAGGGUUAUUUUUUGAGCCUAACAGCUCAGGUUCCCCAACAAUGGGUUAUGGGCCCAGUACACUUCUACUCCACAACUCUGCUAUAUUUAUGGUGGAAUCACCCCAACUGAGGGUGGUGGUUUUUCUCUGGAGUCAUCCCCACACGUGGGCCGUCCAUGGACCCCUUGGAUGGCAGGAUGAGCCUGGGAGACAGGUGCUUCUUAGUAGGUCCCGGUUGCCUACUAAGAGGGGUCUUCACUGGGGCUGUGGGAAGGGAAGGGAGGAGAGAGGAGGAAGGCCUAGGGCAUGGAUAGCCAUAGUCAUGGGCUCCUCUUCCAGACCCCUCCCCAUAGAUUGCCCCCUUCUCAGGGUUCCUCUGGUCUUCUUUGACAUUUUGUGGGGUGUGUGAGGGUGGGGAGGGUGCAACCCUGGCCCUCUCCUUUCACUGUCCCUUCACUGUGAAGCCCCCUCCCCAGUUAGGGACAGAACCAGGGGUGGAGGCUGCUUACUAUCUUCCUUCCUUCUUUUCUCUUCCUCUUCCCCUUCCUCAGGAACUUUUUCUGUGCUAGCCCCCCCCCCUCCCAAUGUGUACAUGUGUGUGUGUGUGUGUGUGUUGCGGGGAGGCCAACCCGGUUGUGUGUGCGCAUGAUGUUUUCCAGAUGGGCCAGUGGCCAAACAGGGUAUGUAUCUGACACCCCCAUCCCACAUCCUCCAGUUACUGGUUUCUAUCCUGCUUUCUUCCAGUUUGGGACAACAAAUUUAAAUAUUCAUAAGUGGCAAAACAGAAUGAAGAGGAACAACUAAUUCCAGGGGAUGGUGACCCCCACCCCACUAUCAGCCAGUGCCCUCCCCCCAUUGCCCCCCAUCUCCCCUGUACAUAGGGCACCCCUAUGCGCCCCACUCCUCCUCCUGCCUCCCCAGUGCAAAGAGUCAACACCCCGUGGGGGCCAUGGCAAGAAGGAGCCCCCUCCCACUCCUUCCUGGGCUGCCUCUUCUUUGGUAUUUUCACAGGGUUGUUCAGGGACCUGGAAAUAAAAGGAUUUCCUUGUCA